AUGAAACAGAACUCAUUUUCUCGCCGGUAUUCAAGUGUAAGUUGGCAACAUGUUGGAACUUAUAAAGUGCACAAUGUGAUCUCGUGACAGGGAUUAUUGUUUAUCGCGCUCAUAUGGAUAGGUAAACCUGUGAAUAAUAGGUACCAGGUAUGCCCGGAACAAUUGAGGAAUGUGUUGUUGUCACCGGUUUUGGGCCUUUUCAAGGCCACGACAUCAAUGCAAGCUGGGAGGCGGUGAAACUUUUGCCAGAACUAGAAUCUGAGGAACAACUUGGAGUGAAACUGAUAGUAAUGAAGCUUCCUGUUGCGUACGAAGAUGUUGUUAAAAUGAUCCCAGCAAUUUGGACAGAACACAAACCAAUGUUAGUUAUCCAUGUUGGUGUAUCUGGUCUGGCAGACAAAAUAACUCUUGAGAAAGUGGCACACAGAUCAGGAUACAAAAAAGCUGAUAUUUUUGGGCAGUUACCAGCAGAAGGCGAAUGUUGCCUUGGUUGCAGCGAUGAAGCUUGUUCCUCAUUGGAUGUUGAGCAGAUAUGCUGUAAACUGAAUGAAAGCGAAUGUGGACUUACUUCUUCUGUUUCAUCAAAUGCAGGAAGGUAUCUGUGCGAGUUCACGUACUAUUCCUCAUUAAGUAUUGAUAAUUCUCGAACACUCUUUAUUCAUGUACCUGAUUUAAAUAAGCCUUACUCAGCGCUAGAGCUUGCCAGAGGAAUAAAACAAAUAAUAAGUAUCAUUCUUAAUGACAUUCGUGGCACAGAUCAAACCACAAAUCAUCUGUAGAUGAUACAUUCAAAAUUCAGAGCAUCAUUUUAAGUAACCAAGGAUGUUUAAGCAUAAUGAGAUCAUCAUCACAUUGAAACUAAAUUAUAUCUAUGGUUUCUGGAAUGAUCAGUAGAUGCAGAGGGGUUAUUAUUUCCAAGAUCUGAUGCCCACAUUCUGUUAAGAGAAUGGAUAUUCAUUUAUGAACAGUUACUGAUAUUUAAAAAAAUAUAUUUGGUGGGACUUCACAUAUCACAAAGGUAGAGUUAUUCACAAAUUUGGAAUUUUGUUAACAGAGGUGUCACAUUGAACUUGAUAUCACGACAGUAAGGCCUGCGUAAAACUCCCGCUGCAUGUGUAAGUUGCAAUGCACAAUCUGGAUGGGCACCUCCAGGGAGUAGAGUGCACUCCCUCUCGAAUAUUGCUGCUAAACCAUCCAGCAGUUCAAUGAAUCCAAAUGAUAUUGCAGCUCUUUUCAACCUGUUUAACUCCUGCAACAGUUAAAGAAGUAUUAAUUGCCUGAAUGAAUAUGCUUACUACCAGUGCACAGUGCAGUCAAUAACAUGUUAGCACAUCAAAGUCUUAACAAAGUUCCAAUUAUUUUUCUGGGAUAUGAUAAUAUGUAUUUUAAAGUGUGAGAAUUUUAUCAUGCAUUCUCUUUGAGAAAAAUAUUGAAAUAAAUUUUAAAUGUUGCCUA